AACUAGUCGCGGAAUGUUCGUGCGCGCAGGUGACAGAUGAAAAAGGCACGGCGUGACAAAAAAUAUUAUCUUCAUUGAAAUCAUAUGAUUGCAUGACGUCGAGGAACAUCGCCACGCCUUCAUACUGACAAAAUCCGCCUUAUAUUUAAAUGAGCUAACCAUUUUCACAGUUUCAUACACAGUGACGUUUUUUCUGCCACCGCAAGGAAAAGAGAGUGCGAGUGGUUUUAUUCUCAAAGGCCAGUUGUUUGCCGACACAAGACGAGUAGCAAUUGAGACGUCAAGACCACAUAACGAACAUGGGCCUGAUACGGCGAACCUCGGCCACUGUAGCUGGUCUAUACUGUACAUUUGUCACACUACUUGUAGUGUGUAUCUUUAACUUUAGUGUUACAAACAACACCCUCCCCAUCAACGUCGCGUAUGGAGCCGUCCUCAUCGUGCUGUCAAUACUCAGCAUCAUUGUCGGUAUAUCUGCCGAACACCCUGAAGAAAGCGUCCUCAGAUCCUUUCAGCUCUGUCUCGCGGCCAUGUGGGGCAGCAUCGGCAUCUAUCACGUGACUGAAGGCACCAACCCCCAGGGUGUGACAGAUUCCCAGGCGCUAUGGGCGGGGUACGGCGCCUUCCUCCUGAUAUUCCUCCUCUUCGUCAUCGGAGCGCUUCAGCACAAGGCGAAGUUUGCAGCGGUUCUCUCCCUUGGUUUCUUUCUCUCCUGCAUUUUCGAGAUUGCCUCCCUUUGGCGCCCCCUCCGCUCCAGUGCCGGUUCCUACUACAUCCUCCUCGCCGCUCUGACCCUCUACAGCAUCGCCAGCAACCUCAUCACCAAGCUGAAGAAACGAGACGACAAAGACAACGUUGAACCCCAAAACCACGCUCAAGGUCACUCGAAAGAUUACAUCCCUCUGGGCCAUGCUAUGGACACGCUAGCCUUUGCUAUAUUUGCUGGCCACGUGACCGGUAUCUAUAACAACCCCAGACAGGAGUUCAUGUGGGUCGUAUCAGCUGGUAUAUUCCAAUCGGUCGCCGGCGUCGUCGCUGUCCGUCGUUCCGACGCCUACAACGGCUGCCUCUUUUUCCUCCACGGCAUGUUCUGGAUGGCCAACGCUUACACCCUCACUGUGGAAUAUGCCACGGGAACCCCAAUGCCACCCCUUAUAGCUGUGCAAGUCAUCUACAUCAUCACCUUCUUCUGCGUCUCAAUUAUCUCCCUUACCCGCGAGAUCUACCAAUUCCUUCAACACCUUUCUCUCUGCAUCAUGUGCAUCGCCUUCUGCGUCAACGGUUUCUCCGGCGUCUUCCUCGGCGCCAUGGGGUGGAUCAGCUUCAUCUUCUCCCUCUACGGCCUCGCCGCCCACAUCAGUCGACUCCAGAACGGCUCCUUCAAGAUCCCGCUCGGGGUCCGAUGCGUUGAGACGGCAAAACUGAAAAACUUCCUGGUGAACAAAUGCCGCUGUUGCGCCGUCUGCAUCUACGGUAGGCUGAAGGAGUCGGGAGGACGUCGUAGUAGCAGCCUCUUCUCCUCCAGUGAGAUGUUGGGCUUCUCCAAGUAUCUGGACCUCGAUAGUGUCGGGUUUGCCCUCAAUGCUGUAUCGGCUCUGGCCGUUGUCUGGGCCCCACUGGGACCAGCAGUCAUGCCAUGGGUGAUUGGGUUCGGCGGUAUUCCUCAGAUGGUUGUAGCAUCCAUUGCCUUCGCUAGAGGCCUGACAGUAGAGAGCUGUGCCUUCUUCACCUUCUCCUGCCUCUGGUUGAUCUGGGGACCUGCUCGUGGACUUGGCAUCCUCGUCCUGGACAACAGUGUUGCUGCUGCUACUGGUUGUAUCGCCUUCCUGUGUGUGGGCCUCCUCAACAUGGGUUUGGCCGCCCUCAUCAACAAGGCAUGGUUCGUCGUCUGUGCUGUCUUCGAACUGGUCGUCCUGGCCUUCCUGCUGCGCGUUCUCGCCGUCCCUGCUGUCAGCGUCUACGAGAUUGUCAUCAUCAUCAUAUUCGUCAUCGUCUGCGUGUACUGCUUCGCUGCCUCUGCUCUGAAGACUGUGUGGGGUCGGGAAGUCCUGCCCAUGGGUAAACCUCUUCUCCAGGUUAGCUACAUUCACUCUCAAGGGGACAGGGCAAUAUGGGCAGAUGCGAAGAAGCAAAGCGGAGUUAACACAAUUGGAGAGAUAAUGAACAAAGGCGGCAUCUGUGGUAUUCCGACUGAUGUGGUGUACGUGCUUGUCGCUGCUGUCAAGUUCCCAAAGUCCGUCGAGAGAGCCUACAAGUCCAAGAAGGAGGCCGAGGACCGACCUAUGUCAAUGUGGAUCUCCCGGAGAGAUCAGAUCGCGGCAGGACGUCCUUUGUUUGGGGAGCUCCUGUGGGACUUUAUGGAGGAGAUCUGGCCAGGAACUGUCAGUCUAGUGCUGCCCAAAGGCCCGUGGCUGGACAGUCUAGGUAUCGGCUACGCUGAGAAGUACAUCGGCCGUCCCGACAGUAUCGCCACCCGUAUGCCCGACAACACCGUCACGUCCGCCCUCCUCGACAUCUGCGGCCCCGUAGCCUCCACCUCCGCGAACCCCACUGGCGAGGCCGACACCACCCAUCAUCUCCAAGUGCUGGCUAAGCUGGGACUUGAAAACUGUGACGGGAUUCUAUGCAGCGGCCCAGCUCCGGAGAACUCCGCAUCCACGGUCGUGGACUGUCGGAAUAUCAACAAAGGGCAGCUCGGGUUUUUCCGUAUCGGGAUCGUCAAGAGAACCUUUGUUGAGUCGGUGUUCGAGGGAGUUCUCAACUCACACAGAGGGAAGAAGAUGGGUCUCCCCGCUUCUCCUUCCACCGCCAGCCUCGGCAGCCGAGACAGCGGUAUGGGCGGCGGUGACGGUAACAACACUGAUUCCCCCAACAAACACGCCGACUCCGACAGCGGAGGCGGCCAUGACAACCCCGCAUUUGAAGACGACACCGUCUCCAUCCCUCUUGACGACGUCACUACGGAAGCACAGGUUUAUGAAGAGCAGAUAGGCGGUAGAACCAACCCAUCUUACGACGAGGAAGAGUUCUCAACCGUUACUGGUUCCGAGACAUACUCUAGAGACAACCCAUACGACGAGGCCGCUCCCGCUGCACCCGGCCGAGCCUCUCUGAAUGUAGACUUCGGGUCGGAAAGGUCCACUGAUCAGAAUCCUUACGAACCUAUAGCUCGAUUUUCGGGUGUCCCUGCUCUUCUAAAAGCAUCGAGACAGAUUGGCGGUAAAAAGUCACACAGUUUUGGCGGCGCUGAUGCCCAUAUUCGGCUGAACCCAGUCUACAAAGAUAAAUGAGAGUUAGUAUGGACUCGUUCAAUGAAACUUGCUAGUCUGUGAUUUCCUGAGACUCCUUGCCUCAGCUGAUUUUAUUUACAACAAAGAAUAUAAAUGUUAUUCUUGAUGAGGCGAACGUACGUUCACACCGUUCACAAUGUUCAGACAAGUUCUUGACUGGUACCACUGGUCAUUAACUUAUAUCUUGUUGUAGAUGCUCAAAAUUCAACAACUUGUCAUUGGAGAAUGGUUUGGAGAAAGUCUCAUUGCUCAUAUUACUCGAGUUAAACAUAUGAUACAUAUUCACAAAAUACACCACAAAACACUUAAAUAUGUUGCCCUCUGAAGUCCUUCCUACAGUACUUACGACUUAUUGAUGAUAUUAUGAUUAUUCUGAUAUUUUAUUUAAACAAACUUAUUAUGGUGCUCUCUGAACUCUCUCCAACUGAACUUACAAUAAGUUGAUGAUUUUAUUAUUAUACUUAUGUAUAUUAAAUGGAAUACCUUGUAAAUAUGUAAAUAAUAAUUUACGACUGUGAAAACUGGCACAAUGGUGCAGUCGAUGUGGAAUUAUCAGUAACAUGACACAAGCUUGGAGAAAAUCCUGAUAUGUCGACGUCGGUUACAGCAAAAUGUCAUGUAUAGCAAAUUCUAGUCCACAAAAUCUCUGUUCACGUGACCAGGCAGUACGGAUAUAACGAACUUAAAGUUAUUGUUCGCCAUAUCCGUUGCAAAUCGGGAGAAUGAAUUUGAAUAUGUGUGGAGUGUAUAUUAGUUUUCUAUUUUUAUGUAUUUUUAUACUGAUGCAAUGUGCAAUGCGUAUUUCACAAUAAAAUAUGAACUUAAAA